AUGACUUCUUCACGGAGAUGUCAAAUAAUCGCGUCCAAGAUACAUUCAAGCGAAAUCAAUGCCGGCAAAGUCUUUCAACACAAGUAUCGAAUCAUUGACCACGAAUAUGACUGCGUGGUCGUUGGAGCCGGUGGAGCUGGACUUCGAGCAGCUUUUGGAUUAGCUGAAGCCGGAUUCAGUACAGCUUGCAUAUCGAAGCUUUUCCCAACUAGGUCACACACGGUAGCUGCGCAAGGUGGUAUCAACGCUGCUCUUGGUAACAUGCACCCCGAUGACUGGCAUUGGCACAUGUACGAUACAGUAAAGGGAUCUGAUUGGUUGGGUGAUCAGGAUGCCAUACAUUACAUGACUAGGGAAGCACCGGCCUCUAUUUACGAAUUGGAACAUUAUGGAGUGCCAUUUUCUAGGAAUGACAAAGGUAGAAUAUAUCAAAGAGCAUUUGGAGGUCAAACUAAAGAAUACGGUAAAGGUGGGCAAGCUUAUAGAACUUGUGCUGUUGCUGAUAGAACCGGACAUGCGUUGUUGCACUCACUCUAUGGUCAAUCUUUAAGACACGAUUGCCAUUUCUACAUUGAGUUCUUUGCUAUGGAUUUGUUAAUGCAAGAUGGCGAGUGCGUUGGAGUGAUUGCUUACAACGAAGAGGAUGGUACCCUACAUCGAUUUAGGGCACACAGGACGGUUAUUGCAACCGGGGGUUAUGGACGAGCUUACUUUUCGUGUACCUCUGCACAUACAUGUACUGGCGAUGGGUAUGCUAUGGUUUCUCGAGCCGGAUUGCCAUUGGAAGAUUUGGAAUUCAUCCAAUUCCACCCCUCGGGAAUAUAUGGAUCUGGAUGUCUCAUCACGGAAGGAGCAAGAGGCGAAGGUGGCUUUUUAAUCAAUUCUGAAGGUGAACGUUUCAUGGAACGAUAUGCUCCCUCAGCAAAAGAUUUGGCAUGUAGAGAUGUCGUGUCUCGAGCCAUAACGAUGGAGAUUAAUGACGGAAGAGGUGUUGGACCUGACAAGGACCACAUGUAUUUACAGCUUAGCCAUAUUCCAGCUGCCGUUUUGAAGGAGCGGUUACCAGGUAUUUCUGAAACUGCUCAUAUAUUUGCCGGUGUUGAUGUUACAAAGGAGCCUAUCCCUGUUUUGCCAACGGUUCAUUACAACAUGGGGGGUGUCCCUACCAAUUGGAAAGGCGAGGUCAUCACAAAGGACGAAAAUAGGCAGGAUAAAGUUGUGCCUGGGUUGUUAGCCUGUGGGGAAGCUGCAUGUGCAUCGGUACAUGGGGCCAAUAGACUCGGUGCAAACUCAUUGUUGGAUUUGGUCGUGUUUGGUAGAGCUGUUUCUCAUACAAUUAGAGACCAAUUGACUCCAAACACUCCAUUGAAGCCAAUGGAGGCUACAUUAGGAAAGGAGUCGAUUGAAAAUUUGCACAAAUUGCGAACUGCCAACGGAUCUAAAACUACGGCGGAGAUACGGUUAGAUAUGCAAAAGACAAUGCAAAAAGGAUGUGCUGUCUUUAGAACGCAAGACACCUUGGAUACUUGUGUAGAACACAUUGGCCAAGUUGACAAGGACUUUGCUAACGUGAAAACUACGGACCGGUCCAUGAUCUGGAACAGCGACAUGGUUGAAACGUUGGAGUUGCAGAAUUUACUCACGUGUGCUACUCAAACGGCAGCUGCCGCUGCAGCAAGAAAAGAAUCUAGAGGUGCUCACGCGAGAGAGGACUAUCCUCAGAGGGACGAUGUUAACUGGUGGAAGCACACAUUGACAUGGCAGCUGGGCUUUGGUGCUGACGUUAAGAUUGAUUACAGAGAUGUGAUUAAACACACUUUGGAUGAAACGGAGUGCAAGCCAGUGCCACCAACUGUUAGAGCAUACUGA